AUGAAUAAUGCAUUUUAUCGUACACUGUCUUUAUCAGUCGCAAGAUCGUGCCUUAAUAUUUUAAUAAAGAAUAUUGAAUCUGCUAAUGUAGAUGUUGAAGAAAUGGUCGAAGAUAAUGAACAUAUACCCGAAAAUCGGGAAAUCUUUGUGCAGGUUUUACAGAUUAUCAAAAUUCUACGACAUUAUUUAUCAAUAGAAAAUAGAGAAUAUAAUAGUAUUCAAGAUAUAAGGAACAAUACUGAAAUUAUGGGUUCAGCCGAUACUUCUUUUACGACUAGAAACGAGCCUAUGACAAUUUCUAAUACAGGAUCAGCAACAAGCGCUAUGGAGGCCUUAGACGAUUUAACCUCUCAAUUGUCACAAAUGGCCAUUUCAACUUCAAAGUUUGAAAACGCAAAUAGUAACAACACUAUAAAAAGUUCGUCAGUGAAUCAAUAUACAUUACCUGAUUCGAUUGUCUUGAACAAG